ACCACAUUAUCGUAGAUAAAGAGCGGCCCAAUCCGUGCCUUCCGAUUGAAUGCCUUCCUUUCAAUGCUGUUGUUGUACACCAACUGCUGACGAGUUAUUGGGGUUUCCGAUCACACACUCCACACGGCAUGAGUUGCAAGACAUGCAGACACAGAAGAGAAUCUCAGAAGUGUUGAGUGGACACCCGACUCUCAAGUCCUUUUUGUCCGGUUCUAUUAGUGGCACAGUAUCUACAGUACUAUUCCAACCUUUCGAUUUGGUUAAAACUAGACUACAAAAUGCCAGUAUUGCUGCACACCCUUCAAAUGUGGCGACAAUACGUUUCGUGCCAUUAGUAACGCAAGUACUGAAAAACGAGCAGAUAUUAGGCCUAUGGAGAGGAACUGUUCCCAGGCCCGAAAAGGGCGCGUCUCUCAUAAGUGUUGGCAUUAGUCCGGCGAUGAGACCGCGCGGACCUUCGCUCACAUACGUGUGUCUCAGGGCUUGUCUCAGACGAGUCUUAAUGACUGUAACGGGAAUGAGAAUAAAGCCCGAGAAUGAACGCGAUAUGACGCCAAAACACAGCGCCUGUACGGCCGACGGCUGGCACUGA